AGAGUGGGUGGCAACCCCCCCCCCACCCUCCCGGGGUUCCUCGUGAGCUCCCGAGACCUCAGGCCCUCGAGCCCCGCCCGCGCUCCCGCGGGUGUCGGACUGCCUCGCUAGAAGCGCUGCCCGGGACGUUCCACCGCGAGGAGGCCAGCGGCAGGGGUCGCCACGCACGCAUUGUUGGCAAGACGCGAAGCAUACGCCUCCCCUGCACAACCCCACCAAAAUGGCUACUCUGGGACACACUUUCCCCUUCUAUACUGGUCACAAGCCAAUCUUCCCAAUGGACACCACCUUGGCCGUCAUCAUUGCCAUCUUUCUGACUGCACUGGUCACCUUCAUCAUCAUCCUGCCUGGCAUUCGAGGCAAGAUGAGGCUGUUCUGGCUGCUGCGGGUGGUGACCAGCUUAUUCAUCGGGGCUGUGAUCCUGGCUGUGAAUUUCAGUUCGGAGUGGUUCGUGGGCCAGGUCAGCACCAACACAUCAUACAAAGCCUUCAGUUCUGAAUGGAUCCGCGCAGAUGUUGGGCUCCAGGUUGGUCUGGGAGGAGUCAACAUUACACUCACAGGAACCCCAGUGCAGCAGCUGAAUGAGACCAUCAAUUACAACGAGGAGUUCACCUGGCGCCUGGGUGAAAACUAUGCUGAGGAGUAUGCAAAGGGACUGGAGAAGGGGCUACCAGACCCUGUGCUCUACCUCGCUGAGAAGUUCACCCCCAACAGCCCGUGUGGUCUGCAUGGCCAGUACCGCCUGGCAGGACACUACACCUCAGCCAUGCUCUGGGUGGCAUUCCUCUGCUGGCUGCUGGCCAAUGUGAUGCUGUCCAUGCCUGUGCUGGUCUACGGUGGCCACAUGCUGCUGGCCACAGGCAUCUUCCAGAUGCUGGGACUGCUCUUCUUUUCCACCGCCACAUCACUCACACCAUCCUGUCCCCUGCGCCUGGGCACUGCUUCGCUGCACACUCACCAUGGGCCUGCCUUCUGGAUCACACUGACCACAGGACUACUUUGUGUGCUGCUUGGCCUGGCCAUGGCAGUGGCCCACAGGAUACAUCCCCAAAGGCUGAAGGCUUUCUUCAACCAGAGUACGGGGGAGGAUCCUGCACUGGAGUGGAAUCCCGAGGAAGGGGGACUCCUGAGCCCCCGAUACCGGUCCACAGCUGAGAGUCCUGAGCCCCAGGACAUUCCUCUGUCAGAGGCUUCCUCUGAGGCAUGCUGUAAGGAGAAGCAUCCCACAGAGCCUGACUGUGCCCUAUAAGGUUCUUCUCCCUGGUGGACACCUGGACUUCCAAUCUGGUUGCAGAUCUCAUUGGAGCCUCACAAACCUGCCAUGACUGACUGAAGGAUGGGUUGUGUCUGGCCCCCAGCCCCAAUCUGUAGGUGGAAUAGGAAAAAGAAGCUCUUCCUAUUGAUGUUAAAAAACAAAACAAAAAGCCUUAAAAUGCUAAACAGACAUUGGGGCUGCCUAUAAACCCUGUCUCCAUGGUAAUACCAAGCAGGUGCUGCCCAUUUCUGCACAGCAACACUGCCUUCCCUAGGUACCUUGCCUCUUUGACAGGGCCGUUUAUUGAAACUCAGCUUCAUCUACAUGGUGUGUGUGUGUGUGUGUGUGUGUGUGUGUGUGUGUGUGUGUGUGUGUGUCUGUGUGGUGGGUAGUCCCAUUUCAUCCCUCUACACCUCUUGUUUUCCUUUCUCCUGGUCCCUUUUGUUUUUCUUUUACUUCCCCAACUUGUGUGAUCUCUUGGUACAAUGAAAGCCCUGGGCAGGAGAAGAAACAAAACUUCUUGUCCUGGGCCUAAUAUUAA